CUCUACGUCUCUCUCUCCCUCUUUCACUCUUUCAUGUUGAGUUUCAUACUCAAAGAAAUUUCAAAUCAUCAGCAAAAUAAGGGUUUUAGGUUAAGAAUCAGAGAAAUUGAAGAAUGGCAUUAUAUUGCCUUCAUAGGACCUCAGGAGAGUUGAAAAUGAGUGAUUCGCCGGAAAAAGAGAAAGGUGAAAGGAUAGCAGGAGGGAUUAAUGGAAAGAGUAACAAUGGAUCUUUGCCUGUCAUAUUUAGAUAUGCUGAUGGCUUAGACAUAUUGCUGAUGUUGUUGGGGACAAUCGGCGCCAUCGGCGAUGGGAUGUCGACAAACUGUCUGCUUGUAUAUGUUAGUCGCCUUUUCAAUAGCUUGGGCUAUGGCAAAUCCCCUCAGGACCAUGGGGAAUUCAUCAAAGAAAUCGAACAGUGCAGUUUGUUCUUUGUAUACCUGGGGCUUGCAGUCAUGGCAGUAGCGUUUAUGGAAGGGUAUUGCUGGAGCAAAACCAGUGAGAGGCAAGUGUUGAAGAUAAGGUAUAAGUACUUAGAAGCAGUGCUGAGGCAAGAAGUUGGAUUUUUUGAUUCACAAGAAGCCACUACUUCAGAGAUCAUAAAUAGCAUUUCCAAAGACACUUCGCUCAUACAAGAAAUCCUCAGUGAAAAGGUGCCAAUAUUUCUGAUGAACAUGACGGCCUUCGUCUCCGGCCUCGGAUUCUCAGCCUACUUCUCAUGGCGGCUGUUUCUGGUGGCUUUUCCGACGGUGAUCCUUCUGAUCAUCCCGGGGAUGAUCUACGGCAAGUACCUGCUUUACUUGUCGAAAAAGAGCUUCAACGAGUAUGCGAAAGCAAACUCCAUUGUAGGACAGGCAGUGAGCUCCAUCAAAACUGUAUACUCAUUCACCGCCGAGCGGAGCAUCCUCCACAAAUACUCCUCCAUUUUGGACGCCGCCAGAAAGCUCGGCAUCAAGCAGGGCAUCGCCAAAGGCCUCGCCGUCGGCAGCACCGGCCUGUGUUUCGCCAUUUGGGCUUUGCUGGCUUGGUACGGCAGCCGCCUUGUCAUGUAUAAGGGCGACACCGGCGGGAGGAUUUAUGCUGCCUCUAUUUCCUUCGUCAUGGGCGGACUGGCGCUGGGAGUGGCGGUGCCGGAGGUGAAGUAUUUCACGGAGGCGUCGGUGGCGGCUUCUAGAAUAUUCGACAGGAUCGACAGGGUUCCGGAGAUCGACGGCGGAGAUGUAAAGGGGAUUGUUCCGGGGAAGAUUAGAGGCGAGAUCGAAUUCGAGAAUGUGGGAUUCACGUACCCUUCCCGGCCUGAUUCCGUCGUGCUCAAGGAAUUCAAUCUGAGAGUGGAAUCGGGGAAGACGGUGGCGCUCGUCGGCGCCAGCGGGAGUGGAAAGUCGACAGCCAUUGCGCUGCUGCAGAGGUUCUACGACGCCACCGGCGGUUCCGUGCGCGUCGACGGCGUCGACAUCAGAACGCUGCAGUUGAAAUGGCUGAGGUCGCAAAUGGGGCUGGUGAGUCAAGAACACGCGCUGUUCGGGACCUCUAUUAAGGAGAACAUCUUGUUCGGGAAACUCGACGCCACCAUGGAUGACGUGGUGGCCGCCGCCAUGGCUGCAAAUGCUCACAGCUUCAUCCGCCAGCUUCCUCAAGGGUACGAGACUAAGGUAGGGGAAAGAGGAGCUUUCCUAUCAGGCGGACAGAAGCAACGGAUCGCCAUAGCCAGAGCCAUCAUAAGAAAUCCAGUAAUUCUCCUCCUCGACGAAGCCACAAGCGCUCUUGAUUCGGAAUCAGAAAAGCUCGUUCAGGACGCCCUCGAUCAGGCCUCCAUGGGAAGAACAACUCUGGUUGUUGCUCAUAAGCUCUCAACGAUCAGAAACGCCGACACAAUCGCAGUCGUAAGCAGCGGUACCAUAGUCGAAACCGGCGCGCACCAAGAGCUCAUCGAAAUGAACAGUCACUAUGCAAAGCUUGCCAAGUUCCAGCGCCAAAUGAGCGAGCUAGACCCCGAUCAGGGAAUCGAGCUUAACGCAUUGUCAUCCGCAAGAAGCAGCGCUGGAAGGAAAAGCACGGCGAGAUCAAGCCCGGCCUCAUUCGCCUCGCCAACACCUUUCCAUAUAACUUCCGAUCAUCAUCAUCAGCCAACGUCAUCUUCCCCUGCCCCAUCCUUUUUCCGGCUACUCUCCCUGAACUCGCCGGAAUGGAAACAGUGCACCGUCGGGAGCCUCUCAGCCGUAGCAUUCGGCACCGUGCAGCCGAUCUAUGCGCUCACCAUAGGUGGAAUGAUCUCGGCGUUCUUCGCCCCAAGUCACACCGAGAUGCAAGUGCGCAUAGAACGAUAUGCUCUCAUUUUCACCUCUCUGUGUGUUGUCUCCAUCUUACUAAACCUCUGCCAACACUACAACUUCGCGUACAUGGGAGAGUGCCUGACGAGGAGGAUCAGGCUGAAAAUGCUGGAGAAGAUGCUGACGUUCGAAGCAGCCUGGUUCGACGAAGAAGAGAACUCCAGCUCAGCUCUCUGCGCCAGGCUCAGCAACGAGGCGUCCAUGGUGAAGUCCCUUGUCGCCGACCGCCUCUGUCUCCUAAUUCAGACCACAUCCGCCGUCACAACAGCAAUGGUGAUCGGCCUAAUCAUCGCCUGGAAGCUCGCGCUCGUGAUGAUAGCAGUCCAGCCACUAACAAUCCUCUGCUUCUACACACGAAAAGUUAUCCUCUCCGCGAUCACAAGUAAGUUCGUCAAGGCACAAUAUCAGAGCACUCAGAUUGCAGCUGAGGCCGUCUACAACCACCGGAUCAUCACCUCAUUCGGGAGCAUCGGGAAGGUGCUUCAAAUCUUCGAUGAAGCUCAGGACGAACCGAGGAGGGAGGCAAGAAAGAAGUCAUGGCUGGCAGGGGUUGGCAUAGGCUCGGCUCAAGGCCUAACCUUCAUAUGCUGGGCUCUCGACUUCUGGUAUGGUGGCACAUUGGUGAAUCGAGGCGAAAUAUCAGCAGGAGAUGUGUUCAAGACCUUUUUCAUCCUCGUUAGCACCGGCAAAGUCAUCGCAGAGGCCGGGAGCAUGACUUCCGAUCUGGCUAAAGGAUCGGCAGCCGUUGCUUCUAUAUUCGCUAUUCUUGACCGGCAGUCGAAGAUCCUCGGAUCCUACAUUGCCAAGGAUGGGAACGGAGGAAUGAAGCUAGAGAAGAUGAUCGGAAGGAUAGAGAUGAAGAAGGUUGAUUUCGCGUAUCCGGGGCGACCGGAAGUGCUCGUGCUGUGCGAAUUCACCUUGGAAGUGAAAGCCGGGAGUAGCAUCGGGCUGGUCGGGAAGAGUGGCUGUGGGAAGUCUACCGUGAUUGCAUUGAUACAGAGGUUUUACGACGUGGAUCGCGGUGUGGUGAAGGUGGACGGAGUAGACAUCCGGUCACUAGACAUCGAGUGGUACCGGAAGCGCAUGGCCCUCGUCAGUCAAGAGCCAGUGAUCUACUCCGGCAGCAUUCGCGACAAUAUAAUGCUGGGGAAGGUCGACGCUUCAGAGAACGAAGUCGUCGAGGCAGCCAGAGCAGCCAACGCGCAUGAAUUCAUCGCCGCGCUAAAGAACGGGUACGAGACCGAGUGUGGAGAGAGGGGAGUGCAGCUGUCGGGAGGCCAGAAACAGAGGAUAGCGAUAGCACGAGCAAUUAUCCGUGACCCGACAGUGCUGCUGCUGGACGAAGCGACGAGUGCGCUCGACGUGCAGUCUGAGCAGGUGGUGCAGGAGGCGCUGGACAGGAUAAUGGUUGGGAGGACGACGGUGGUGGUGGCGCACCGGCUGAACACGAUCAAGAAUCUCGACACAAUUGCAGUUGUGAUGGACGGGAAGGUGAUCGAGAGAGGGACGUAUAGCCAGCUCAAGAACAAGAGGGGUGCCUUCUUCAACCUAGCCAGCCUCCAAGGUGUAUCUUCAUCAUCAUCAGGGCAGCCUUGAUGAUGCAAAGAAUCUUAUAUAUACAUCAAUAUAUAUAAAUAUGUGUGUUUGUAGUUGGAAUAGAAGAGGAGAAUAAAGAUAUAUUAUUUA